AUGAAAAAGCACGACGAAACUAAGACGCCGCAGCUGUUAGUCACAAGUCUCUUCCUGCCGCUGCUGUCGGUGCUCGCCCGCUUGUGUGGGGUUUCCUGGCCGGAGGAGCAGUCUCACGAUGACGCGUCAGUACCCUUCGACAACGACGUCGAGGACGGUGGCUACGGCGGUACCUACGUCGCGCUGGUUGACGACGAGAGCAGCCUGGCCCCGACACGACCGACCACGGCUGCUGAGGUGCUUCAUGCGCGUCCUAGCAGCCCCAAGGAGCCUGCUCGGGGCUCUGAUGUCGACGAGUGGACGAGCAACGCUUGCCAGGACUAUGGACCGGAGGCCCGCGCGAAGAUUCACUUCUACGCCGGCGCUGGCCAUCUUCCGCAGCAGCGACAGAUGUUGCGACAAAUGCCGACCGAGAGACGCGCGAUCCAUUACGUCAUAACGAAGAACACCGCAUAUUUGUUGGACGAGUCGCUGGAGGCGUAUACGCUACGAUCACGGGAGCUCGUUGCCGCUACUAACGCUAAUACCUACGGUAUGUGGCCCUCAUCCGCGUUGUAUUCCGGCGGUAAGUUCUCUACGUACCACGACCCGCCGUCCGGUGGACAAGCGUCUGGCGUUGUCGGGCGAACCAAAGAUCUCUUCCUGCCGCUGCUGUCGGUGCUCGCCCGCUUGUGUGGGGUUUCCUGGCCGGAGGAGCAGUCUCACGAUGACGCGUCAGUACCCUUCGACAACGACGUCGAGGACGGUGGCUACGGCGGUACCUACGUCGCGCUGGUUGACGACGAGAGCAGCCUGGCCCCGACACGACCGACCACGGCUGCUGAGGUGCUUCAUGCGCGUCCUAGCAGCCCCAAGGAGCCUGCUCGGGGCUCUGAUGUCGACGAGUGGACGAGCAACGCUUGCCAGGACUAUGGACCGGAGGCCCGCGCGAAGAUUCACUUCUACGCCGGCGCUGGCCAUCUUCCGCAGCAGCGACAGAUGUUGCGACAAAUGCCGACCGAGAGACGCGCGAUCCAUUACGUCAUAACGAAGAACACCGCAUAUUUGUUGGACGAGUCGCUGGAGGCGUAUACGCUACGAUCACGGGAGCUCGUUGCCGCUACUAACGCUAAUACCUACGGUAUGUGGCCCUCAUCCGCGUUGUAUUCCGGCGGUAAGUUCUCUACGUACCACGACCCGCCGUCCGGUGGACAAGCGUCUGGCGUUGUCGGGCGAACCAAAGAUCUCUUCCUGCCGCUGCUGUCGGUGCUCGCCCGCUUGUGUGGGGUUUCCUGGCCGGAGGAGCAGUCUCACGAUGACGCGUCAGUACCCUUCGACAACGACGUCGAGGACGGUGGCUACGGCGGUACCUACGUCGCGCUGGUUGACGACGAGAGCAGCCUGGCCCCGACACGACCGACCACGGCUGCUGAGGUGCUUCAUGCGCGUCCUAGCAGCCCCAAGGAGCCUGCUCGGGGCUCUGAUGUCGACGAGUGGACGAGCAACGCUUGCCAGGACUAUGGACCGGAGGCCCGCGCGAAGAUUCACUUCUACGCCGGCGCUGGCCAUCUUCCGCAGCAGCGACAGAUGUUGCGACAAAUGCCGACCGAGAGACGCGCGAUCCAUUACGUCAUAACGAAGAACACCGCAUAUUUGUUGGACGAGUCGCUGGAGGCGUAUACGCUACGAUCACGGGAGCUCGUUGCCGCUACUAACGCUAAUACCUACGGUAUGUGGCCCUCAUCCGCGUUGUAUUCCGGCGUCGGUACUCUGCUGUUCCCGGCGCAGGAAGGCGGCAAUUGGUCUGACCGCCACUGA